AUGGAGUUUCCCUCUGUUGGGUUCAAUUGUUCUUUCGAAGGAUGCAAGCAGCUUGGUAAGCCAAUAUGGCUUGAUUAUCGUCUUUAUCAAUUUUGUUUGGAUCAUAGAUACCCUACCUCUCAUCAUUGUGAACGUUGGAAAGAAAAUGAAAAGAAUGUUCAAUUCUGUGAAACUUGUUCCUCCAUGAUUUUAAAACCUGAAGGAAAAUCUUCCGAAGAUGCCUUGAAAGAACAUUCGCAAUCAAAUUGCACGUUGCAUCUCUUAUCCUCUGUGUAUUCCACCACGAAAAAAAAGUGUUUUAUAACAGAAUGUAGGAAUGUUUCAGAAGGUGGUGUAAAGGUUUACGUGAUAUGUGAUGGACACCGACAUCCCCCAGCUCACCAAUGCGCAUCGCUUAAUAUAGCUUUUGAAGAAAAAGCAAAAAGACGUAUGAUGGCAGAAGAAAUGAUUUCGAGAUACAUAAAGAAAUCUAGCAGUGAUAAAUUCAAGUCUGAUGAGAUCGUUUCUUCAUCAUCGAAAAGUACGACGAUAACAAAUAAACCAAAGAAGAAGAAUAAAAUGAUUGAAAUGAUGAAGUUGAAAUCCAAAGCUCAGGGUGAUUCUUCUAUACCCGCGAAUUCACGUAUAUAUCUUUCAGUCGACUUCCCAAGUGAUUCGAAAGUGCCCAACAAACCAAUGUUUUUCAAUAAAGAGUGGACCGUUGGUAAAUCCCUUGAUAAGAUAGCAACAACUGGCAAGAUCAAUAAUAUUAAUAAUAAACUCACAUCGGAUGAUCCAGAAAGAUUAAUCUUAGUCAAUAAGGAAACCAAGAAUAUCUUACAAACGGAUAGAAAAUUAGGCGAGGUUAUUGAAAAUGGUGACAAUAUUUCCAUAGAAAAGUUUGGAUUAAUCAAUAAAUAA